UCCGCUAUCCGCGUGCGAGUUCGUGCAGGUUUAUGCGAGAUGUGAGUCGCGAAUGUAUAUGGUCCGAUGUAGUUGAAUGUUGACGAGACGAAAGGACAGUGUACAGCCUGUGUCUUUUAUUCGUUUCCGUUAAUACUGAUAGUUUUAUUUGCCACGGAUUAUAUUUGAGUGAAAAAUGGAAAAGAGCUUUACGGAGUGGCGAGAUUCGGGUUAUAGGGUCGAGGGCAAUUCCAUCGUAAUUUCCGACAGCGACGAGGACGUCGUCAACGGUUCAACGAAGGAGAUCAUCAACCGAAUUAUCGAUGAAAGCCACGACAGUGACUUCGAUGUACCGUCCAACUUCACACCAAGAAAGAAUAUAUAUAGUGAGUUCAGUGAUGAUGAUGAUGACACACCAAUUGUUCAUCCGAAUAAGACAAAGAGCAAGACAAAAAAGUAUAAUAUUAUAGAUUCUGAUGGCAGUGAUGACACCAAUUAUGAAGAUGAUGAAGAAUAUCUUUCAGUUAAUAACAUAAAUGAUUCUGAAUCUGAUUCUUCGAGUUCAUAUUCAAGGAUUAAAAACAAGGGUAAAAAACGAAAAGACAUUACUCAUGACAAUACUAGAGAAGACAUUAAAGAAUUAAGACCUAAUUCUUCUAGUGAGUCUUCUAUCACUGAUAAUUCAGACCAUAACAAUAUUGAUCAUGAAAUAGCAAAUGUGAAAGAUAAAGAAUUUCCCGAUGUAGCUGUGACUAUUGAGCUUGAUUCGGAGUCUACUUCUGGACAAAACAGCGAUUCUGAAUUGGCAAAUUCUUUUGCAAAACAAGAAAUGUUGGUCCAAACAAGAAAUAAUCCUGGAAAUAUAUUAGAAACGCAAAAAAGAGCACUUGCAGUUCUUAAAUUAGAACAGCUAAAACAUGAGACAGCUAAGAUGAAAUUAUUACUCUCUGAAGGAAAUGUCGAAAUGUUACCUGAUAAAGGACAGAAAUUACAAGAAUGCAUACGUCAGAAAGAAGAAGAAAUGAAGAUGUUGACAUGGGAAUUGGAAAAUACUUCUUUAAUACCAUUUUUAAAUGAUCAAAAAACCGAAUCAGACAAAUUACAUUUAAUGAGUGACGAAAUAUCGAAAGAGUCAUCUGAGUCAAGCUCAGAUUACUCACAAUCAGAUUACUUAGGUUAUUCACCUUUAGACUUUAAUAUACCAAUGAGAUCUCCUAUAACAUCUCCUGAAUUAAGGGAAUUAGGCAAAAAAGCACAAGCGACAAGAGAUAAGGAGCUCGCUUUGACAGUUGAUAGAUUACAAGAUUUGCAUGGAUCUCUCAUAGCUCGUCCAUCAGAGCAUGAAAAAGUAGAAGACCCACGAGGAUUAAAAAUCCAUUUAAUGCCACAUCAAAAGCAUGCUUUGGCAUGGCUUUUAUGGAGGGAAAAGCAAAAACCGUCUGGUGGUGUUUUGGCUGAUGAUAUGGGUUUAGGAAAGACAUUAACUAUGAUAGCUUUAAUCAUGAUCACUCUUACUGAUCCUGAUGAUGACUCUGACAAUGAAAAGGAUCAAUUAAGUGAUGAUGACGAAUGGACCAACAAAGAUAAACCUACACGUUACAAAGGUGGAACUUUAGUGGUAUGUCCUGCAUCCUUAUUGUCGCAGUGGGAGAAUGAAGUACAUAGUAAAUGCAAACGAGGUUUAUUGUCCGUGCAAGUUUAUCACGGGAGCAAUCGACAAACUCUUCCUAAGAAAUUGGGAAAGAAUGAUAUGGUCAUUACGACUUACAAUAUUCUAUCUCGAGAAUACAAAACAAAUUCUACAUUAUAUAAGAUUAAGUGGAAGAGGGUUGUGCUUGAUGAAGCUCAUGUAGUAAGAAACCAUAAGAGUCAAGCAUCUGAAGCGGUGUGUGGUCUUGUAGCAAGCAAACGAUGGGCUCUCACUGGCACUCCAAUCCAAAACAAAGAAUUAGAUUUAUACUCCAUUUUGAAGUUUCUUCAAUGUUCACCAUUUGACGAUUUACGCGUUUGGAAACGGUGGGUGGAUAAUAAAAGUCAUGCGGGUCAUCAAAGAUUGGCAACGGUUAUGAAGACAUUAAUGUUGAGAAGAACCAAACAAGAAUUGAUGGCGAAAGGCGAGUUGGAAAUUUUGCCUGACAAAUCUAUCGAGGAGGUGAUAGUAAAACUCGAUCAUCAGGAACAGUUGGUUUAUGAGAAAAUUUUAAUUUAUUCGCGUACUUUAUUCGCGCAAUUCUUAGCUCAACGCGCGGAAAAAGGACACAUGUAUGAUUUGUAUAAUGGAAAGUAUGAUAAGCCUGCUUAUCUUUCAAAUCCAAAUAAGGCGACUCAAUUCACUAAAGCACAAAACAAAUUGUUAGCGAUGCAUGCGGAUGUAAAGACGCACGAGAUUUUGGUGCUCUUGUUAAGAUUACGUCAAGUAUGUUGCCACCCGGCAUUAAUUCAUGCAAUGCUAGACCAGGAAGAUGUAAAACAAAGUGGUAUAAUGGAUAUGGAAAAUGUAAAUACUGAUAUAUUGUCGCGAAUGAACAACAUAUCACUUAACGAAAUUGAUCCAGAGAAUCCAGAGGAAAAAGACAUUGGUAUUGAUGAAAGAGUAGUCGAGAAUCUACUCACUGCAGACAAUCCGGUAUUUGCUGAUGACCGUAUUAGUUCAAAAAUGAAGAUACUACUUGAUACAGUUAAAGAAAUUUUACAAAAGGGCAAUGAUAAACUUAUCAUUGUUUCACAAUGGGCAAUGCUAUUAGAGAUCAUAGCAUCCCACUUGUCUUCGAUAAAAGAUGCUACAUACAGCAAGUUUACCGGGAGUGUUCCUAUUAAAGAUCGACAAGUUAUAAUAGAAUCUUUUAAUAAUUUAAAUUCUGGUCCAAGAAUCCUAUUGCUGUCUCUUACUGCUGGCGGUGUGGGAUUAAAUUUGGUAGGCGCAAAUCAUUUAUUGUUAUUUGACAUACAUUGGAAUCCACAAUUAGAGACACAGGCUCAAGACAGAAUUUAUCGUUUUGGUCAAAAAAAGAAUGUAUAUAUUUACAAAUUUGUUUGUGUUAACACGAUAGAAGAGCGUAUUAAAGGGUUACAGGAACGGAAACUUGAGAUUGCGAGAAAUGUACUGAGUGGCGAUAGGAGUGCAGCGACAAAACUUACGCUGAACGAUCUUAAGUCGUUGUUUGGUUUCUGAUAUAUAUAAUUUAUUUUAAAUUAAAAUUAGUAUUUUAUGUUACGUAAGAAAGUUUAUUUUCUAUUUACUUACAAUUAUAUAAAAUCUAUUUUAAUGCGCGUAAAAUAUUUUUUGUAUUUUAAUUAAUAUUUUAAAAAAUAACAAUACAAAUCAUUAUGAAAUAUGAAACAGACAUGUAAUCACUAUUUGAAUCCUGAUUAAUAUUAUUUUCUCUCUAGUAUUUUGUUUAUCUAGACUUCUUUAUUAACAUAUAUAUUUAGAUUGUAUCAAC